AAUCUACCGGGAACUCGGCGCGGCUGCCGCGCGGCCCGGCGCGGCCCUCCCAUCGUGUAGGUGGCUCCGAGAGUCCCGGAGGGCGGCUGAGGAGGAUGUCGGGCGGCGGUGGAGGUAGCCGGGAAGAGGAACGGCGCAAGCUGGCCGACAUCAUCAACCACUGGAACGCGAACCGGCUGGACCUGUUUGAGAUCAGCGCCCCCACCGAGGACCUGGAAUUCCAUGGAGUUAUGAGAUUUUAUUUUCAGGACAAAGCAGCUGGAAAUUUUGCAACUAAGUGUAUCCGUGUGUCUAGCACUGCCACGACUCAGGACGUGAUAGAAACACUUGCGGAGAAAUUCCGGCCGGAUAUGCGCAUGUUAUCAUCCCCGAAAUAUUCGCUUUAUGAAGUGCACGUCAGUGGAGAAGAAAGAAGAUUGGAUAUUGAUGAGAAGCCUUUAGUAGUACAAUUAAAUUGGAACAAAGAUGAUCGAGAGGGAAGAUUUGUACUUAAGAAUGAAAAUGAUGCACUUUCUCUAAAGAAGGCUCAGAGCAAUGGCCCUGAAAAACAAGAGAAAGAGGGAGUCAUCCAGAACUUCAAACGGACUCUAUCAAAGAAAGAAAAGAAGGAAAAAAAGAGGCGAGAAAAAGAAGCUUUGCGGCAAGCUUUAGACAAUGAUGGACCAUUUCAUGGGGACGAUAUUGAGAAUUCCCGUCUUGCAGCAGAGGUCUACAAAGAUAUGCCCGAGACCAGUUUCACUCGCACAAUAUCCAAUCCUGAGGUGGUAAUGAAACGACGGAGACAGCAAAAACUAGAGAAGAGAAUGCAAGAAUUCCGGAGCUCUGAUGGCAGGCCAGACUCAGGUGGUACACUGAGGAUUUAUGCAGACAGUUUGAAACCAAAUAUACCUUACAAGACAAUCCUGCUAUCUACUACAGAUACUGCAGAUUUUGCAGUUAUUGAGGCACUGGAGAAGUAUGGUUUGGAAAAGGAAAAUCCAAAGGAUUACUGUAUAGCUCGUGUCAUGCUUCCUCCUGGUGCUCAACAUUCUGAUGAUAAAGGUGCUAAAGAAUCUAUUCUUGAUGAUGAUGAGUGCCCGCUUCAAAUAUUCAGGGAAUGGCCAAGUGACAAAGGGAUAUUGGUUUUUCAGUUAAAAAGGAGGCCUCCUGAUUAUGUCCCAAAGAAGUUUAAGAAACAAGUUGAUGGAAAGCCAUUAAAGGGGAAGGAAAGAGUUGACGGGUCUGCUUAUGGUUCUUCCCUUCCUCCAGAGAAACUACCUUAUCUGGUUGAACUAAGUCCAGGGAGAAGGAAUCACUUUGCCUACUACAACUAUCACACUUAUGAAGAUGGUUCUGACUCCAGAGAUAAACCAAAGCUCUAUCGUUUGCAGUUAAGUGUAACAGAAGUUGGUACAGAAAAAUCUGAUGACAACUCCAUUCAGUUGUUUGGUCCAGGAAUUCAGCCUCAUCACUGUGACCUCACUAAUAUGGAUGGAGUUGUUACAGUUACUCCAAGAAGCAUUGAUGCUGAGACUUAUGUAGAAGGUCAGCGGAUCUCAGAGACUACUAUGCUGCAAAGUGGAAUGAAGGUUCAGUUUGGAACCUCUCAUGUAUUUAAAUUUGUGGAUCCCAUUCAAGAUCAUAUUCCCAAAGGACGUCUAGAUGCAGGUCACAUGGUCAAAACUUCACGACUCAAAGCUGGAGCUGUACAAGAAACUACAUUCGAUUUAGAGGGAGAUAUCCAUAGUGGAACAGGAUUACCUACAAGCAAGAGUACCAACAGAUUGGACAGUGAUAGAAUGUCAACAUCCAGUACAGCUGAACGAGGCAUGGUGAAGCCAAUGAUCAGAAUAGAACAGCAGCAGGAUUACCGCAGGCAGGAUGGCAGACUUCAGGAUGCACAUGGACCUGAAUUGAUAUUACCUGCAAGCAUUGAAUUCAGGGAAAGCUCUGAAGAUGCCUUUUUGUCUGCCAUUAUAAAUUACACCAAUAGCUCAACAGUUCAUUUUAAGCUGUCUCCUACUUAUGUUUUGUACAUGGCAUGUCGGUAUGUAUUGUCGAGCCAGUAUAGACCUGACAUCAGUCCUGCUGAACGUACUCACAAAGUCAUUGCAAUAGUCAACAAGAUGGUGAGCAUGAUGGAAGGAGUUAUACAGGAGGUAGACCAGGUUGAUCAGAAACAGAAGAAUAUCGCUGGAGCACUUGCUUUUUGGAUGGCAAAUGCAUCUGAGCUGCUAAACUUCAUUAAGCAGGAUCGAGACCUUAGCAGAAUCACAUUAGAUGCACAAGAUGUUUUGGCACAUCUUGUCCAAAUGGCAUUCAAAUAUCUGGUUCAUUGUCUUCAAUCAGAGCUUAAUAACUACAUGCCUGCAUUUCUUGAUGAUCCAGAAGAAAAUAAUUCUCAGAGACCUAAAAUAGAUGAUGUCUUGCAUACGCUAACUGGAGCCAUGUCCCUCUUGCGACGUUGUAGAGUCAAUGCUGCACUGACUAUACAGCUCUUCUCCCAGCUGUUUCAUUUUAUCAACAUGUGGCUUUUUAACAGAUUGGUUACUGAUCCAGAUUCAGGAUUGUGUUCACAUUAUUGGGGAGCCAUCAUUCGCCAGCAACUGGGACAUAUUGAAGCCUGGGCUGAAAAACAGGGCUUGGAGCUGGCUGCUGAUUGUCAUCUCAGUAGGAUAGUACAAGCAACUACAUUACUUACUAUGGAUAAGUAUUCACCUGAAGACAUUCCAAGUAUUAACAGUACCUGCUUUAAACUCAAUUCUCUACAACUGCAUGCAUUGCUACAAAAUUAUCAUUGUGCUCCAGAUGAGCCCUUUAUCCCAACAGAGUUAAUAGAAAACGUUGUAGCUGUUGCAGAAAAUACUGCUGAUGAGCUGGCUCGUAGUGAUGGUAGAGAAGUACAACUAGAAGAGGAUCCUGAUCUGCAGCUACCUUUUCUUCUGCCAGAAGAUGGUUACUCGUGUGAUGUUGUCAGAAACAUCCCAAAUGGAUUACAAGAAUUUUUAGAUCCACUCUGCCAAAGAGGUUUUUGCAGAUUGACACCUCAUCCACGUUCCCCAGGAACUUGGACAAUAUAUUUUGAAGGUGCAGAUUAUGAAAGCCAUCUCUUACAAGAGAAUGCUGAUCUGGCUCAACCUUUGAGGAAGGAACCUGAGAUCAUCACUGUGACACUAAAAAAACAAAAUGGGAUGGGUCUGAGCAUUGUAGCUGCUAAGGGUGCUGGUCAAGAUAAACUUGGAAUCUAUGUCAAGUCUGUGGUAAAAGGUGGUGCUGCUGAUGUGGAUGGCCGGCUGUCUGCAGGGGAUCAGUUGCUUAGUGUGGAUGGGCGCAGCUUGGUUGGACUUUCCCAAGAAAGGGCAGCAGAGCUGAUGACAAGAACAGGAUCAGUAGUGACACUAGAAGUGGCAAAACAAGGAGCAAUUUACCAUGGUCUAGCAACUCUGCUUAACCAGCCAUCUCCAAUGAUGCAAAGAGUUUCAGACCGCCGUGGCUCAGGUAAACCCCGACCGAAGAGUGAAGGUUUUGAGCUGUAUAAUAAUUCUGCUCAGAAUGGAUCACCUGAGAGCCCUCAGCUGCCUUGGACAGAAUAUACAGAACCAAAGAAGUUGCCAGGGGAUGACAGACUGAUGAAGAAUCGAGCUGAUCACCGAUCUAGUCCCAAUGUAGCAAAUCAGCCUCCAAGUCCUGGGGCCAAGAAUGUCUAUACUGCUGGAACUACUAACAAGAUAACAUCCGUGUCUACUGGAAACCUUUGUACAGAGGAACAGAUACUACCACCCAGACCUGAAGCAUAUCCUAUCCCAACACAAACUUACACCAGAGAGUAUUUCACAUUCCCAGCCUCCAAGUCUCAGGAUCGAAUGGGUCCUGCCCAGAAUCAGUGGUCAAGUUAUGAAGAGAAACCUCAAAUUCCAGCAGAAAAUAACCACUAUAUCAGUUCUGCAAUGCAGCGUGUAACUCGUUCUGAGGAGGAACUACGGGAUGAUAAAGUUUAUCAGCCAGAAAGGAAUCGAUUAGAGGUGGUCAUACGAAAGGAUGUGGAAUAUAUUGAUCGAAAAUCAGAUAGUGAUCCGUGGAUGAAUUCUUCUGUGGAUUCUAGCACAUCAAGCCAGGAGCAUCUAAACCAUUCCUCUAAAUCCAUUCCCCCUGGUUCUUCUUUAACCAAAAGCGGACCUGGCCGUUGGAAAACUCCUAUUGUCCCCCAGGCCAUAUCACUGGCGGCAUCCCAAUCCACCAGAACAGACCUUCCUCCCCCUCCCCCUCCCCCUCCCGUGCACUAUGCAGCUGACUUUGAUGGACUGCAAAUGGAUUUGCCUCUGCCACCUCCACCUCCACCUCCAAACCAGUUGGGGCCCCAGUCAUCAUCUCAGGUUGCUGCUGCAGAACGCAAAAAGAGAGAAGAACAUCAAAGGUGGUAUGAAAAAGAAAAGGCACGUUUGGAGGAAGAACGAGACAGGAAACGUCGGGAGCAGGAAAGAAAACUGGGACAAAUGCGUGCUCAGCCUCUAAUUCCUGCUCAGUCCUUACUUCCUCCUGUUUCGGUUCAGCAGGUGAAACCAGAAAAGCCUUCAACAUUGCAGAGAUCCCAAGAAACAGUCAUUAGAGAAUUGCAGCCCCAACAGCAGCCCCGAACCAUUGAGCGAAGAGACCUGCAAUACAUCACUAUAAGCAAAGAAGAGCUGUCCUCUAGUGAUAGCCUGUCUCCUGACCCUUGGAAACGAGAUGCCAAGGAGAAGCUGGAGAAGCAGCAGCAGAUGCACAUUGUGGAUAUGCUAAGCAAAGAGAUUCAAGAUCUUCAGAACAAGCCAGAUAGAACAGCUGAAGAGAAUGACCGCCUGCGCAAGCUAAUGCUGGAAUGGCAAUUCCAGAAACGACUCCAAGAGUCAAAGCAAAAAGAUGAGGAUGAGGAUGAUGAAGAAGAUGAUGAUAUUGAUACUAUGUUGAUUAUGCAGCGCCUGGAAGCGGAGAGAAGAGCAAGGCAGACUGCUAUGCCAGCAAUCUCUGUUCUAGAUUUGCUACAGGAUGAAGAGCGCCGACGGCAGCAGCAGUUGGAAGAGAUGCGUAAACGAGAAGCGGAAGACAGGGCCAGGCAAGAAGAAGAGCGCCGACGCCAAGAGGAGGAGCGGACAAAGAGAGAGGCUGAGCAAAAGAGGCGACAGGAAGAAGAAUAUUACAAUCGCUUGGAAGCUGAAAGGCGCCGCCAACAUGAUGAGGCAGAACGGAGAUUGCUGGAACCUGAUGAGCCUGGUCUGUACAGACCUCCGCUUCCACGGGAAUAUGAAUUCCCACCCCCGCCCCCUUCAUCUAAUGCUCCUCCUCCCCCACCUCAGCGAAACACCUCUUACCUCAAAACACAGGUCCUCUCCCCUGAUACGAUUUAUACCGCCAAGUUUGUUUCAUACAGUGAUGAUGAGGAGGAGGAGGAUUCCUGUCUAGCAGCAGGUCAGGAUAAGUACUCCAGUACAAGAAAGUCUUAUGGUGACCUUCCUCCCGCCACCCUUAAGCCACAGCAGCCCUCACGCCAGCCACGCCCAGUUUCAGAUGGCAUCUUUCUUUCCAACUCAUUCCAGCCAUCCUCGGUCAAUGCCAACAGUACUGCUUACAAAACCAGCCAGCCCCCUCCCCCACCAAACAAACCGAGUUUCAUCAGUCCCAGCAGCUCAAAAGGCUCAAACUACACUGGAUCUACUGGAGCAAUUGCAGGCUCACAUGAACCUUAUCGGGACCUAAGAGAGAAAAAAUCGAAAAGUCAAGAUGCAGAUUUACCUGGUGCACCAGAGAACUUGACUUUCCGGGAACGACAGAGACUCUUUUCCCAGGGCCAGGAUGUGUCCAACAAAGUAAAGGCAUCUAGGAAAUUAAUGGAAUUGGAAAAUGAAUUAAAUACAAAAUAGGAUAAAAUGCACCUUAUCAAAAGCAAUUGGAAGGAUCUGUAUGGGACUAGAGAAGGGGCUGUUCAAGAAGAAGAAGAAGUAUCUUCUGACAAAUGAGAUGGAAUUCUCUAUCAGGAGUGUUUUGACAUUUAGACAUAUCGCAAUAGUAGGGAAACCAAUGCUUUACCAAGAUCUGAUGGUUUAUACAAUUAAAGCACUGUAAAUUAUAUUUUAAUUUUAUGAAUCAAGUGUCAUUAUGUCCUUUCUCCACACCCUUUCCCUUGUUUUCAGUUUUAACUACUUCUGCAAUUGUCCUGGAUCAUACCUAUUGAAGAAUUGUUGCUUCCUGGUCUCUUACAGAAACCCUUUGUUAGCUGCUAUGCAGAAAGAGUGCUUAUAGCUUGAACUGCCUAAACUAAUCUCUGCACAGCUUGUUGCACUGUAGGUUGUUUGAUACAAAAUCUAAUUUGAUACAGAUUUAAGAGAUACUGAGAGCUAUUCGUCAGAUUUCUAGCAUAUCAUUGAAAGCUAGGGUUGGAGUGGGUGCGUUUCUUUGGGAAAGACUUGCAGUAGAAACAGCUUGAAUAUUCUGAAACUAAAAGGGCUGCAUUAAAGCAUUCAGUGCUUAUCCACACAGUCCUUUGGAUGUGAAAUACUUGACUUUUCUUGGUGGCAGUCAAGUGAUGUGACAAGACACGCACCCUGGUUUAUCCAGCUGUUCUUGCUUCAUCCCUACACUGUACUCUAAACCACUUGGGUUUUGACAUUUUUGUGAGAGCUGAAAAAGAGGCUGGGAAAACAUGGAUGGACACAUGGUAUGGUGUGUGUUUGUUGACUAUGACAAUGUUUUUAAAGUAUUUAGAAAUUCUAGAUCUAAGCAAUAGGGAACAAGCUCCUUCUGGUAGCCCCAUUGUAGCCAAGACAAAAACCAAAGUUUAAUAUUCACAAAAGGACUACAAGAUUUCCAAUAGCUAACGUAUUAAGCAGUACUUGCGAGGGGAAUGUGGUUGCUAUGGCUGCAAUGAGAACAAAGCAUUGCCUGCCAAUAAGAAUUUCACUGAGGUAGCCUGACAGUGCUCUGGCAACAUAUCACUAGUCCUUCAUGUUGGGAAGUGCUGAUCAAGUUGCCUCUGGUUCACUAGUGUCCUCUUCCUAUAUACUGUAGAAAAUGUUGGCAGUUCAAGCUAUUUUUCACACUAUAUUGCAGCAUUAUUUAAUUUUUAAAUGGUUGAAAUCUUUUUCUCCCACUGUUCCUUCAGCUACACAUAUAUGGCUGAUGUUGAGAAUAAGGACCUCAUCAGAUUUUGUUCCUCAUUGUGUUGAUGUUUAAAACAAUAUGUUAUAUUGUGAUUCUAAGCAAAUUUUCUAUUUCAUGAAGCCCUUAAUUGGGUUUUAGAUGAUUUUUCUGUAUAAUAUGUUCUCUUAUAAAUAUAUAUUUAGGGAAUUAUGCACACUUCCAAAUGCAGAGGGUAGACUUUCACUGCCUUAGAAAUCACUUUUAAUAAGAGUUGUAUGAUAAAAAUAAAUGCAAGUUAAUGAUAUUAAAAUUGGAGUGUAAAUAUUUUUUUUUACAUAUUUCGGGUUUCUUAUUUGAAAGUGUGCUUUUACCGUUCACCUGUUAAAUAUGAAGUAGAAGAUUAAAUUGGUUGAAAGUGUUAAUGAAGGAUUUGCAUGCUUGCUAUGUCUGUUAAUCAGGAAAAGCAAGCUCCCCCCAAUUUAUCUUGAGAACACUAGAUAUUCUGUGGCUGGAAUACUGUUGCUGCUAGAACCUAAGCAAAGAAAUAUAACUUACUGUGGAGUGGAUUUGACCGCUAUUGGGCAUUCAGGCCAUGUGUGAAUAUGAGUAAAAGUGCUUUCAUAACGGUCUGUGCAUUAUUAUGGAAAACAAACCCAUCAAAACUGCUGUAGUUUCCCAUUUCUACUGUAUUUCACUUGCAACCUAUUUUUAAUAAACUUUGUAUUGUAUUU